CAAUGUUCCGUAAGGAGAAAGCCUGCUUUUUCUGGAGUUUUACUUUCCCCUACGGGAGCGAUAGCAAGAGCUCGGGUGAGAUCGAUUGAACCAUCGCCUUUUGCAUUUAUUGAUCAUUCGAAUUGUAGAAGUUUAGAGGAUGGCGGAGGCGGAAGCGGGAUUGGAGGACGGGGAUGCCCUCGGCAAGGUGCGGCAUCGCAUCGCGGAUCAUUCAAAGAGAGUGGUGCAGACAAAGGAGAUUCUGUCGAAACAAGCGGCUCAGACGAAGGAGAUUCUGUCGAAGCAAGCGGCUCAGACGAAGGAGAUUCUGUCGAAGCAAGCGGCUCAGACGAAGGAGAUUUUGUCGAAGCAAGCCGUAAAGAUUGCCAAACAAGCCGAAGAACACGAGCGGAUUUUGUUUAAGGUAACUCAUUUCUUGGGCGUUCUUGGAUUUGGCGCUUUUUGUUACAUCCUGGGCGCUAGGCCACAAGAUGUACCCUACGUGUAUUGUUUUUUCUAUGUCACCUUCGUUCCUCUUCGGUGGAUAUACUACCGGUACAAGAAAUGGCACUAUUACCUCCUGGAUUUCUGCUACUAUGCCAACACUAUCUUCAUAGUAAUGCUACUGUUCUUUCCAAAAAAUGAAAAGCUUUUCAUGGUUUGCUUCUCAUUUGCUGAAGGACCCCUUGCUUGGGCUUUGAUUGUUUGGCGUAAUAGCCUGGUGUUUAGUUCACUUGACAAACUUGUCAGUGUCCUCAUACAUCUUUUACCUGGAAUUGUUUUCUUUACUAUCCGGUGGUGGAACCCUGAAACUUUUGCUGCCAUGCACCCAGAAGGGAGGGCAGCAAGGGUAUUUUGGCCAUAUGUGGAAGAUAAGUCAUACCUGUGGAUGUGGUUAUUUGUUGUUCCUUUGAUUGCAUAUACCCUGUGGCAAAUUCUGUAUUUCCUCAUUGUGGAUGUUCUACGCCGUCAACGAUUCUUGCGUGACCCUGACGUCAUGACAUCUUACAGGGAACUCUCUAAGAAGGCUCAGAAGGCAAAUAACAUCUGGUGGCAGUUGAGUGGAAUGCUGGGUGAUCAGAACCGGCCUAUCAUGUACAAUUUGCUGCAAGCUGUCUUUACAGUGGCAACUAUGGCCCUUGCAGUCCCAAUCUUCAUGUCGUACAAGAUGCAUGUGAUUUUCCAAAUCUUCAAGGUCUCUGCCACAGUGUGGAAUGGUGGCAGCUUCAUUUUAGAUGUCAUGCCCAGGCAAGCUGCCCUCAGAGAAAAGAAGAAGUUGGAGAUGAAACCAGUUGUUCAGGAGGUAGGCCAACCAUUGCCAGAUCUCCCAGAUAACCAUUCAAAAUCUUGCGAGUCGAGUGGGACGUAGAACAACAGCAUCCAUUACAAGCUGCUCUGGUUCCAGCCAACAAGUUGCGGAUGGAGUUGCUUUUGCUAUGGUAUUGCUUUUCCGUCUUCAUAAUUUGAAACCGGCUUUUCUGGUUCUUAGAAGAUCUGGGUCUAAUCUUGUAGGGAUUGUCUUUGGAAUGGUUUCAAAUUCCGAGAAACAAAAUUGUUUAAUAGAUUGUAACAUUUUCCUGCUAAUGUACAAACCAUUCUGGUGUGUUAUUGUUGGUUUAACUGUCGGUUACAUAAAACUACUAGUUGGCAUUGCACA